CGUUGGAGGUAACUGCGCAUGCGCGGCACGCGACAGCGGAAGAUGUCCGCUGCCAUUUUGCUCCUAGUGUAGCAGAGAGCUGUAAACACUCCGCCGUCUUCCUGCACAGCCGUGUGUGUUAGAUUUACACAGAAGGAGCUCGAUGCCUGUGGCUAAUGCUAAACACACUGUUCUAAACCCGGUGAUCCCAUACACAGGGCCCAUACCUGCAGGUCUGCAUCCUGGAGAGAUCGUCCUCAUCCAGGGCACCGUCAGCCCAGAUGCUGACAGGUUUCAGAUUGACCUGUCGAGCGGCUGCAGCACCAAGCCACCUUCAGAUGUCGCCCUGCACUUCAGCCCUCGGUUCAAAGGCUCACCCUGUGUGAUGUGCAACUCCCUGCUACAGGAGAGCUGGGGUGAGGAGGAGACGCUCCAUCAGCUGCCCUACAAAUGUGGAGCUCCAUUUGAGAUGCUCAUCCUGGUGCAGGAGGACGUCUUUAAGGUGGCAGUCAAUGGCGCUCACCUGCUGGACUACAAGCACAGAAUGCCACUGAACAGGGUCGACACAUUUUCUAUUUCGGGAAACGUCAGGGUGCACGCAAUUGGAUACAUUCCAAACUCAGCAAUAUAUUCAGAAUCAGGUGACUUGAGCCUCCCUUACAGAGGCAGUAUCCUGGAAGGACUGAGGCCAGGACUGCACAUCACCAUCAAAGGACAGGUCAGCAUGUACCCCCACAGCUUCUCGGUGAACAUCUGCAACAACCGGACGGAGAACAUCGCCCUUCAUCUCAGUCCACGCAUGAAGUCGGGCGUAUUCAUCAGAAACUCCUACCUGAGCGGCACCUGGGGUGAGGAGGAGCGGGAGCUGCCCUUCUUUCCUUUCUCCCCCGGGGAAUACUUUGAGAUUCUCAUCCUCUGUCAGCCGCAUCAGUUCAAGCUGGCAGUGAACGGCUCGCACCUGUUCGAGUUCAGGCACCGUGUGCAGGAUCUGAGCAGCAUCAACCAGCUGGAGGUCAUGGGCGACGUGGAGCUCACCGACGUUAAGGUGUGGUGACUCUGGACAGUGGACCGACGCGGGAACGGCGCUAACAGUUGCAUUCUGUUUCCGGGCCCCUGAGAAUGUACGAAGAGCGCUGGUCGCUAAUCUUAAAAAAAAACAAAAAAAAAAAAAAAACAACAACAAAACUCCCCCAAAAAGCUAAGAUCAACAAACUUCAAGACGAGAUCCAAGAUCCGUUUGAGACUAGAAGACCGAUGCAUGAGCCUUAGUUUUGUAGGGAACGCCAGGCGGUGACUGUUCACAGCUUUAAGUGUGGUUUGCAUUGGUUCAGUCACAUCAGUUUGAUCCAUCUCUACUGUAACGUACAGCAUUAUUCAAACACGAAUGAUAAAGAAGCACUUCAGACGGGCUGUGUCAAAAUGUCACGACAGUAAGAGAAGUCAUGGAUCCACGUUUUUUGUAGAAAAAAACAAAAAGCAAAAAAAGACAUAUUCCUCUAACAGCUACUUCAGCUACAGGGGUGUGAGUGUGACACAAGAGUUGUCUUUAGAAAUGAUUUUAGUUAUUUUUCCUCAGGAUUCUUAAAAAAAAAAGAAAAGAAACCGUCAGCUUCUCGUGUGCUUAUAUAAAUUAAAGGUGUGUCCUACAGCAGAACCAUAGCACAGCGCAGGUCAGUUUAAAAAACAAACAAUUUAAAUGUUGCAAACGAAAUGAAGGAUAAUACCACGGAGUAUUAAGGCGACAAUCAGGACAAGAAAAUGGCCUGAAUGAAGUUGCAAGUGUGUGAGUGAAACCAGAAUAAUAAAUAAAUGAAGUCAAAUUUUUAUCAAGGUGUGGUUAAAAUGUAUGCAAUUAAAGAGAUUAACAAGAUAAAAGUCUUGCUUAUGAGAUGGGAGUCAGAUAUUUCUGAGAAUAUUAAAAAAAGAAUAACGAAUAAAAUUCACAAAAUUAAACUUGUAAAUGUAUCAAAAUCGUUAUAAAUUAAAGGGAAAGCGUCGUAAAUUCACAACAUCAACAUAUGUUACAAGAAUAGUGUCUUAAGUUGAUGUGAACAUUGUGACACUAAAGUAUUACGAGAAAACAAGUUUACCCGUUGUAAAGGUAUCAAAAUAGUCAGAAACACUGUUGAACGUUCACGAGAAUGAAAAAAUACAUUUUUUUAAUCGCAAUUAAGUUGGAAAAUAGCGAGAAAAAAGUCGUAAUUUAGUUGGACAUUACCAAGAAUCAAGUCUGAGAAGAUAAGAGCGUCCGACGUGAACCACUCCUGUUUCAUGUAAAAACACGGUUUGUCUUGUAUCGUUAUGAUUUGCACUCGGUUUCACGAAUGCCGCCAAAAGCGUCUUGACGUUGAAAAGGCCGAGCGAGAAACUGAAAAUGUUUACAACGUUACGACUUAAUUCUCCAAAUUACCGCUUUAUCCGUGGCCUAAAUACUCCGUCGUAAGAUCAAGAGCCCAUUCAAUUCAUGCAUAUUUUAACGUCAGUGUUUCUGCUGCUUCGAAAAAUUAAAAAUGUUUGAGAAUUA